AUGGCCACAACAUCGUCCAAGCAGAUGGAAGUCAACCCCCGGGGCAUCCCCCGAGCUCCUUUCGUCGAUAAUGUCGAAGAAUACGUCGGAGGCAAGGAAGCUGAGGUCCAAUCUACAAUGAAGAAGUUUGAGGACACUACAGCCAAGUAUAGAUAUAUGGAAGUCACCAUUGGCAACCGACGCAAAGCACUCCUGAACAAAGUUCCCGAUAUCGAGCAGACACUCCAAGUAGUGAAAUUUCUCCAGCAACGCCGACAAAAAGCCCUCGGGGAAUCUGUGGAGGAGGAACAGCUCAGUGACGAUGAAGACGACCUCGACGAUGACCUCGACGAGGACAAGGAGAAGACGGCGGAGCCGCUGAAAACGCUCUUUGAAUUGAACGACACUUUAUUUGCAGAGGCAGAGGUCAGCGAGAAUGGGGAGGUCGGUUUGUGGCUGGGUGCCAACACCAUGCUGAUGUACCCUCUGCAAGAGGCUGUCGAGCUCCUCUCAUCCAAGCUGUCAGCAGCUCAAAGAUCUCUGGAGGAGACUGCGGAGGAUCUCGAGUGGCUUCGAGAACAAAUCACCGUUAUGGAAGUCAACUUUGCGCGUGUACAUAAUUGGGACGUAAAGAGGCGAAGAGAAAAGGGUCUCAUCGGUGGCCAAUCCAACAUGCUUCCUUCUGGCAAGACUGAUGGUGGAGACUCGGAUGAAGAAAGAGAUUGA